GCUACGUGACACAAACACAGUGUAGAAAACAUUUAUUAAACGUAUUUUGUUGUCUACUGAAUGUAUUUAACCAACCAUGACGAAACUGAAGCUGGAGGCUUGUUAUUUUCAAAUUCUCCGGUCCACCUUAAAUCUCGCCGUGAACAAAGCGUCGCCAGUAACGGUGGCCCCCGUUAGAGCUAAUGGCAGCGUUUAAGGUGGACCGGACCAAAAUCCAUAGAACUAACAAGCUGGCGAGCAAAGCAGCUUCAGCUUCAACUUCUUCAGCUUUAGCCUCGUCCCAAGCAUGACAGCACGAACCAGCGAGCUCUCCAGCAGGCUUCCAGGUCACAUGCUCGUUUGGGAAUAAUGGCUGCACAGGAACCGUCCCCACCAUCUUCACUAGAAGGAAACAAACCUGGCUUCCCGAGGAAAAUCCUCGCCAACAAGCUUGAGGACAAGCAUUUGUGCAACAUCUGCCAGAAGAUCCUCAGGAGGCCGUUUCAGGCGCAGUGCGGACACCGCUUCUGUUCCUAUUGUUUUAACAAGACCGUGAGCUCUGGCCCACAGAAAUGCAGUGCCUGUAUAAAGGAAGAUAUAUUUGAGGAGCCAACGUCGAUUCUGAAACAAGGCUGUGCUUUUCCAGACAAUGCUGCCAAAAGAGAGGUUGAAGCUCUUGAAGCUGUUUGUAUCAAUGAAGGCUGCAGUUGGACGGGCACCAUCAAAGAAUAUGAAGCCACCCACGAGGGACAGUGUGAUUUUAUGAUCAUCCCCUGCCCCUCCUGUAAAGAGCUGCUGAGGGCCAACGAACUGGAGCGGCACAACGAGAGAGAAUGUCCUGAGAGAACUCUGAACUGCAAAUACUGCAAAGAACCCUUUCAUUUCAAAAAUAUUAAGGCUCAUGAUGAGAUUUGUCCAAAAUACCCAAUGAUCUGUGAAGGCUGCGCAAAGAAAAAAAUUCCCAGAGAAAAGUAUGUGGACCACAUUAAGCUGUGUACCAAAUUUCGAACUCCCUGCAGAUUUCACGUUGUUGGCUGUGACAUGUCCGUAGAGAAGGAGAAGAUCCACGACCACGAGCGGGCGUGUUCCUACGAGCACCUGAACCUCCUGCUGCACUUCAUCAUGGGCAUCAAGGUGAACCUGGAGAGUCUGCAGCCCCAGAGCCUGGAGCUGGCCAGCCACAAGAUCCAGGAGCUGCACCAGUCUCUGCGCGAGCUGGAGCUGAAGAUGGGCCAGCUGAGUGCGGGGGCUCCCGUGCAGGGGGCCUGUGCACCUCCCCCACCUCCGCCGCCCACCCUGGCCACCUCCUUCACCCCACUGCCCACCACGGUGGGAGCUGCCCUGGAGCUGCAGCUCCACAGUGAGAAGACCAAGGUGGCGGAGCUCAGCCGGCGCUGCCAGGAGCUGGAGCUGAAGGUGGGCACCUUCGAGAACAUCGUCUGCGUGCUGAACCGAGAGAUGGAGCGCUCCGCCACCACCAUGGAGGCCUACAACCGCCAGCACAGACUCGACCAGGACAAGAUCGAGAUACUCAAUAACAAGGUUCGUCAGCUGGAGAGGACGGUGGGUCUGAGGGAUCUCUCUAUCGUGGAGAUGGAGGGGAAGAUGAGAGAAAUGUCUGCUGCUACCUACGACGGCGUGUUUGUGUGGAAGAUCUCGGACUUCUCAAAGAAGAGGCAGGACGCUGUAGCGGGACGGGCCCCGGCCAUGUUCUCUCCAGCGUUUUACACAAGCAAAUAUGGCUACAAGAUGUGUUUGCGUAUCUACCUGAACGGGGAUGGAACGGGGCGUGGCACUCACUUGUCUCUGUUCUUCGUGGUGAUGAGGGGACACAGUGAUGCCUUGCUCAAGUGGCCUUUUAACCAGAAGGUCACGCUCAUGCUGUUGGACCAGAACAACCGAGAACACAUCAUCGACGCCUUCCGGCCCGACAUCUCCUCCUCCUCCUUCCAGAGACCCGUCAGCGACAUGAACAUCGCCAGCGGCUGCCCGCUCUUCUGCCCGCUCUCCAAGCUGGACUCCAAGAACUCGUACAUCCGGGACGACACCAUCUUCAUCAAGGCCAUCGUCGACCUCACCGGCCUUUAGUGGCGCUCCCGCGUCGUCCGCGUGCCUCCAUGCUGCCAUGCGCGCUCCUCCAGCCUGCAGUGGUUGUUUUUUGCAGUACCGUUCUGAGGCCUGGGUCCUCGAGGAGAGCUCUGCCGGUGGGCCUGCGCCGCCCAAUUCCCCCCCCC